UUCCGGCGCCGUUGGCGAGCUGUAGUUUGGGCAACAUGUCCGCAGCAGUCUGCAGUGUUUCGUGCACUAAUUUCGUUUGACUUCGCUAAGGAUAGCAACAAAAUUGUUGGAUUAGUUGCGUUUACAGUAAUUUUGUCAUCUUAUUACAAUUCGCAGAGAACGUUGACGCCGUGUCGUCUGGCUGAACGAUGCGCUCUUUGAUGAUUUAGCGUCCGAGAUACGAUGUAUAAAAUUUGAGUGAUAUCAAAGUUCUACUAAUGGCAGAGGAAGAAAGCACCCCAGCACUUUCAGAUCAAGAUGGUACUGAUACCUCCCAAUCAAAAGAUGCCUACAUACCAGAAGAACCUACUCAGGAUGUCUCGAUUUCCUUGUUGGAUAUACAAAUGCCGGAAACACCGGAAAGCACCAAAGGACAAGUAAGCGAUGGCGAUACAUCGAGACUGGAAAGUCCAAAGAUGGUCAAACCAGUACUUGGCAAAGUUCAGGCUAAAAAACGGUUAAUGGCAUUUGCCAAUAAAUUUAAAGUACUUCUUAAACCUCAAGUUAAAUCAAACUUAUCUCAGCAUUCCACUGGAGCUUUAAAAAUGAAAGAUAAAGGAGCACAAGAUGAUACAAGUACGAGCAAAUCUAGAAAAAAGACAGAAGAAAAAAUUUUGGCCAUUGAAGAAAUUCGAAGAGAGGAAUCUAAAAGCAAACUAUUACUAGCAGAAGCCAUGGCAGCAGCAAGUAUGGAAGAGGAACAUCAUGGCAAGAAUAUAUCUGGUUUAUUAGAAAACCCAAAACACAUGAAAGAAAGAAGCAAACACGAGGGAAGUGAUUCUCGUAAAGGCAGAUCGGCGAUGGAACGGAAAUAUUCAGAGAGGCACCGACAUCGCGACAAAACUGACAGAGAUAGCGCAAAUCAGGAAAUGAAGGACAGAAGCGGAAGCGUAGAGCGUUCUGCACGAAAAUCUCAAGAGAAAGAGAAACAUAAGAAAGAUAAGAAAAGGAAGGACGACAGGGAUAGACGGGAUAGUAGCAGAAUGGAUUCAAGUCGGGACAAGCGAGACGAGGGUAAAGAUAGGAAAGAAAAUGAAAAGGAGAGAAGGGAAGAGACGAGAGAAAAGAGAGACGGUGCAAAAAGUAAGAAGGAAAAUACGAAGGAUAAGCGACACGAUGCGCUCGAAGGGGAGGCUGAAAGUAAGGAUAAAAAGGACAAGGAUAAGGACAGAUGGAGGGAAAAGGAAUUAAUGAAGUGUAAUUCCUGGGCGGAGUUACGUAAAUCCGGUUUAACUCUCGACGAUAUUGUCCAACUUAAGAAACGUGACAAUUCCGAACGAGCCGCAAAGAACAGAACAGUGCAAGACUUUGCACGUCAUUUCGAGCAGAUGUUGAUGUUGAACAAUUACCGUCUGAAGCGUCAAGCGGUGAUAGCCGAGGGACUUGACGGACCUAGAAAGUAUCCACCUGAGUCGAUCAGGACAACGAAACGGGCGAAAGGAUCGCAAAUAUUGUACUGCGAAAAUCCGAAUGUAUCCCUUUUGUUACGCGCCCCGCAACUUUUGGAAGCCGUCACGCCGGAACGUCGCGAGAGGAUACGAGACAUAUGCGAAGCGUCUUCAUCGCGAGUCGAUGUGGUGGAGGUGGAGGAUACGGCGCAGCAGAAGCGCAAUUGGUAUCAACAAAUUAAUUCACUCAAGUAUCACAAAGACGCCAAGUGGCAGGUGCCUGUACAGCUACCCAAGUCAAAGUGGGACAGUGAAGACGAGGAGGCGUCGUCCACCAGCGUGAUAAAGGAAGAAAUUGAGAAAGCGGCGAACAAGCUGAAUCAACAAGAAGGAUGUUCCACAUCUUGCAGCGUAACCGACGAAGAUAAGACCGACAACGACGUCGAGGAAGUUAAAGGAAAUCGAAGUGAAUCCAGUGAGAAGGCGAUCGACAAUACGGCGACAAGUGACAAGGUGUCCUCGGCGUCUCCCUCGUUGCAGUCUGCCGGCGAUGAAAAAUUAGCUUCCGAGUAUGAGCAGUUCAUGAAAAUGGUGUGCACCGAUAUUCCGACCGGGACGGAUGUGACUAAAGAGUAUUCUCCAAAAAAGAGUGUCGUUAAAUCUGCCUCCCCGCACACCUAUCAUGAGUUCAACAUAGAGUCUAACUCGGUGGAGGAUAACGCGAGCAUCGAGAUAUUUGAAGAACCAGAAAAACUGCAAACGAAAGGAUCGACAAAGAGUCCAGAGGAAGAAUCCACUCCUUCGACGGACAUUCAAGUGCAGAUCGCUGAAAGUGAUAUGCACGUUGAGCACGCGGGUAACAACGAUCAGUCCGAAGACUCGAAAUCGAUACCGAGCGAUUGGGAGAACGUUAGAAUCAAGGUUGAGCGAUUGAGCGACGAGAACACAGAAUCGAGGGAAGUGAAGAAAAAGAAGAAACAGAAGAAGGUAACCUCCAGCAGUGAUUCAUCGAGUAGCAGCAGUUCCUCCGAGUCGGAAAGAGAGAAGAAGAAGAAGCGUAAGAAGAUAUCGAGUAAUUCCUCUUCUUCUGAUUCCGACAGUACGGAUAGCAGCAGCAGCAGCAGUAGCAGCGACUCCAGUAGCUCGGAUGAGAAGAGGAAGCGGAAACGAAAGAAGAAGAAGGCUGAUAAGAAGAGGAAAAAAGCAAGGCGCGCCGCGCGAACGAAGAAAAAGCGGAGGAGAAAGAUGAGCACUGAUUCCAGCAGCAGUGACUCGGACGAACGUAGGAAAAAGAAGAGGAAAACCAAGAAGAAAAAGGAAGCUAAACAGUUUGACAUAAAAUCCAUUAAUAACGGAGACAUAAGCACGGUGAUAUCCGGAUCUCCGGUAAUAUCUUCGCCAUCGGAUGGAACGAAGAUAUUGCACUCGACGACUCCGGCAAAGAAAAUUAAAGAGGAAGCUAUAGCUGAAGAGAAAACAAGAACUGAUCAAGUUACGUCAACGAGAAGGAGCGUCGCUGGUAUUAAUGUGCAUGGCACUACUGAGUGUAGAAAACAGAAAAGUGGAAGGAAGGAGGAUAAAUCUGAGGAAGGUUUUGUCGAAGAGUGGGAAAUGGAUUCUAUAAUUCCAAGCCAACAAAAUGGUGGUGACACAUCGAGCCAGGAUCAUACUGAAUUAGGAAACAUUGACGGUUUGGAGAAAGAUAAACAUCGAAAGAAAAGAAAGCACAGUCGAGAUAACGGUGAGCAAGACAAAGAUAGAUCGUCCAAAGUUAAUGAAGCGAGAAUUCAUAGAGGAAAAGAAAGAUCGGAUGAGGAACCUGACACGAAAAAGAAGAAACGGAAGGAGAAGGAUGUAAGAAGUAGCACCGAAUUUCUGGCAGAUUGGGAAAGAGAGAGCGAGCGUAUCACGCAGCAAAUUAUGCAGAACGAGGUAAAAUUUUCGAAAAAGGCAGGAAAACAAAAGAAGGAGACAUGGGGGGAAACAGAUUUCGAUACAUUAAAUGUGCCGUCGUUAACACAGCUCGAGAAUGAGGUAUGUGAGAAGCAACUUUUGGCAGAUGAAUGGGAAGUGGACAGCUUGGAAGCGUUAUCAGAUCUGAAUCUGAACAAAAGAAGGAGCACGUCGAAAAAAAUCGGGAAAGAAGUUCGAUAUGAUAAGAAAACGGAUACUUACAUCGCGAUUGAGAAAGAAGAGUCACGAGACAUAAAAAAGAAACAAGAACGUUUAUGCGCAAUAAGAAUAUGGGAGGAAGAGCAAGAGGAAGGUGAAAGGGAAGAGAUGAUGCUCUUGCAACAAAAGAAGAAGCGUAAGAAGGACGAUUGGGAUAUAGAGGAAGAAUCAUUUUUGCGCAAGAGUAACGAAGAAAUAGGAAUUCAUAUGGCCAAUGACAUUGUCGGGGUAGAGAAAGAUUGGAGCAAAUUAAGUGAGAAUACAAACGUCAAGGAAGACUCGAAUAAGUUACCGAUGAAACUUGAGCCACUCGCUUCGAAGCGAGUUAAAAAAAGUCGUUGGGACAUGGGCUCACAGUCCGAAGAAAAGCCAGACGCUAAAGACAUAUGGGAGGAAGAAUACGCCGAAUGGUCCAAGAAUAAGUGCGAACAGAAGCUUGGAAAGACGGAAAAGACCGAGUCUCACGCCACGGAAUAUUCGGAGAGCUCUGCUAAACCUGAUCUCAUAGAAUUCCAUCACAAAAAGUCACAGAAUAGAGAAUCACUGGAAAGAUCAUGGACAUCGGAAGAGAUGACGACUAAAUCCGUGCAAGCAAAGAAGACGGAAGAUGUAUCAAUAAAAAAUUUAAUAUCUACGGAAACGGAUAAAGAGCAGAUUGCGUCUACUAAAAUGAAACUUCAAAGUAGCAAUCAAUUUAAAGACAUUUUGGGAUUGAACGCAAAGUUUAAGGAGAAAACUAUAGAAUUGUACAGUCCCAGCUCUCCAGCGCUCUCUCAAAAGUCUCAGGACGCAGAAACAUCUAAUGAUAGCAAUUCUCUACCCCGUGAAAAAAGAAGAAAAGAAACAUCGAUCACAACAGAGGAAUUAUCAAUUCCAACGGAUGGUAUACCUUUACAACUAAUGAAACUACGUGACACCAAACAUGCAACGAACGAAAAGAUUGAAAAGGACAAAAUACAACUGGAGGAUGAAAGUUCUGUCCAUAAAUUCGACAUUAAACACCCUGACAAUUUGUUCGAUGACUUGCCUCCUAGUGAACUUUGCUCGGAAAAGCAUAACUCUAAAUCGAUACGUAUGGAUAUUUUUGCGGAGUAUGAAUCGGAGGAAUCGCGAAGUAAGUGUGCUACGAGCUCUAAUACAAGCUUGGAAACUCACGCAAAAGAUGAUGAAGGAAAGACGGCGCUUAAAUUCAUUCCUAAGCAAUUCUUGAUUCGACGUUCGACGAACGAACAAGUAAAAUCGAAACGUAUCCUAGAAGCACCACUGCAGGAUCCCGAACAGCACGCCGCGGCUCUAUUGUCAAUACAGAAGAAGCUGCUGGAGUCGCAUACGUUGAAGGAUGACAUUAAACAGUCGUCAAGUGAAGAGCCGGUGGAUCAAUUUAAGUCACGAUACAGCGCGCCGAGCAGCAACGAAACCGAUAAAUUAUUAGACACAACCGAGUUCGCCGUGGCUUCCAAAUCGUCAGUAAUAUCGGAACAACGAUCGAGAUCUCCCGCAUUGGAGAAGAUGGCAUCUGUCCAAUCUGAACAGUCUGAAAGUUACAAGAAAGAGAGCAAAAACGAUGACGCAAAACGAAACAAGAGCGGUCGAAAUCUGAGUGAUACCAACGUUUCAUCGAGCGCACGAUCUCCCACCAGGGAGCAAAGGAGAAGGAGUCCUAGCAGAAAAGAGAGCGAGAAACGGUAUUCACACGAUUACGGUAAAGACAAGAAAGACAGGAGAUCCGAUGACGCGGACAAAUCUGACAGGAGGGACAGCAGAAGCUCGAAAACCGACUUCGCGGACAGCCGGAGAAAGUCGAGCCCUUCGGGACGAGGGAGGAAAAAGAGGAGCGGGAGUCCGUAUGGUUCGUGGAAUGAACGACAGAGAAGCGGAAGUAGAAGCCCUGGCCACAGCUGGAGCAGAAGUCGCAGCAGAAGCCCGAAGAGGAAAGAUGAAGCUAAUACGCGGAACAGAGAUAAGAAAAGAGAGAGAUACGGUGACGACGAGAGAGCCGGUAGGUCGAGGACAGAUGAAAGAAGAGACAAAUAUGCGCGAUCUCCACGUUUUAGCUACAACGAAGAUAACUUUAAGAAGCACGGGUCUGUAUCUGCUAAAGGCAAUCGUGAUGAUUGGGGUAGAAGAAGACAUGAUAGCGUAGACAGAGAUCGUGAGCAGGAUGUUAGAUCGUAUGAUUCAAUUGAUGUAUCGAGAGAUAGAACAAUGGAUUCUGAAGCAUAUAGAGAUAGCAGAUUUCACGCGGAGGGAGAAGCAGGUCGUGCGUUUUGGGAAUACGAGGGCAGCAAUAUUUUACGAGAUGGCAAUGAAUCUAUAGAUUCUUACGCUGCCGGGCAAGAUUUGCCUCUUGAGUACGACGAUCGGGCAUACUAUAGAGAAGGAAGUCUGGAAAGACUACAGAGUUCGCCACAGCAUUCUUCAAGAUACAAAAGAAGCCAAAGAUCUAGUGGAAAGAGGGAGCGACAGUGGGAGAAAGACAAAGAUACUUCGGAUCUAGAUCGUCACGGGCAUCUCGCGCAAAGAUCACGAAAUCGUACGCCACCGCGAUCAAGGCACUCGCCCGCGCGACAAUCUGAACGGUUCAGACGAAAAUCUAGAUCGCGAUCUUGGUCGCGAUCAAGCUCGCGCUCUAGGUCAACGUCGAGAUCAAGAUUGAGAAUGCGAUCGCGGUCUAGGUCGAACAGCAGAUCUCCGUCAAACCGGAGAUCCAGGGCGAGAUCGACCUCUCUGUCGCGAUUAAGGAGCCCGGAACAUGGAUUGAGAUUGUCGGAAUUGCGGUCUUCCAGAUCUCCCUCGCCCGGAAGAGGUAGACUGAACGAAAUAGGUAGGGAAAGGAAGGACGAGGAUGAAAACAGAAAGCUUAACGUUUGUGGCGAAAGGGGUAGACGUAUAGAGACUAUUGUUCAAUCGGGGGCGAGCGUCUUAGACUCAGAAAUGGGUAUUAAUAGUAUGGACGCAGUUGCAAGCUUCCAAUAUUCAAAUGAGAUUGAGGGUGGAAAUGAAUAUUAUUAUACAGAAAACAAUUUAACUUAUCCUCCGUGUAUAGACGACUCAUCUGCGAGCUCACCGAAACGUUUAUCGCUUGACGAUAGAUUAGAGAUAGAGUUAGGUAUUAAAAAGCAACACAGCAAGGAUUCCAGUUCUUCGGAAUAUUCUUCCAAUUUCAAUCCCAAUGUCGUAGUAUAUCCAUCGCCUCCUCCACAGCAACACCAAAUGAUGUACAGGCAACAGCCUACUGUUUUGCAGGUUGGAAAUGUCUUGCAAGUGGUCCCAGCUGACUUUAACGGAGUGCAGUCAGCACGUCGAGAGGCACCUACAGCCGCGACUCCACCUGCGCGAGCUGGCUCUAGUCAGGUAGUUCGCGUAGGCAACGUUCUCCAAGUAGUGCCUACGUCGUUAGAUUGGAGCGCCGAUCAAUCAUCGUCGACUGCGGAUCAAUCGAGCAGAGUUUUAUAUUCCUCCUCAGCGGUUCCUCCUUCGCCAGCCUCCUCCACUUCUAUGUCCGUACCUGUUCCCGUACCAGUCCCUGUACCACCAGCUGUCCCCACCGCGACGAACAAUCUUGCUCCUGUGGCAACCAUGUCACCCGUUGCUCCAUUGCCGCUCUCGUUACCAGUACCUGUACCCGUGCCAGUUCCGAUUCCCGCGACAGCGACGGCAUUUCCGAGAAGCGAGGUUCAGCCACAAAAAAUAGUUCAACCGGUGUACAAUUACGAAGCUAUACUCGAGACACGUCGUAAGGAGCGAGAGGAACGCAAGAGGUUGCGCGAGUUGCGCCGAAAAGAAAAGGAACGCAAGAGAAUAGAACGGACAAAUCGACGAGCGUUGCGACUACUGGAGAAGAACAGUACGCUCGCGCGACAAGCUGGUGGUGCCUCGUUGGAUCACCGCAAAGUCUCGACUGUUGAUCCAUCGGUUCUGAAAGCGCUUCGAGAGGGCGAGGAACAAGGAGACGUCGAAUCUCAAUCAACUAAUCCUGUAAAAGAGGAAGAGGAAGCAGCAGCAUCCAUGAAAGAGGAUGACGAGGACGCCGCCCCGGAUGAGGACGAGGAUGAGGAUGAAGAUGAGGCCGAGGUCGAGGCUGAAGCUGAAGGUGAGAUCGAAGCCGAAGCUGAAGCUGGUGCUGAAGCUGAUGCCGAGAUUGAAGCGGAAGCGGAGGAUGAUGAUGAGGAAGAAGAAGACGAGGACGAGGAUGAUGAUGACGAUGACGAAAAACCACCACAAGUGAUUAAUCAACAAACGGAAGAAAUAACUGAUGAAACAAUACCUAUUGACGUGAACAAAAGUCCAGCGGAAAUUGAAACUAAGAAAGAGUGGCCGAAACUACCGCCUCCGCCAUUAAAAGGCAUACUAAUUGCACCAGGAUUUAGAAGAGACGCAGUUUCUAACGGUGAUUUGGACAAUUUGUCGGACGCGGAUGAUGACAAGAGUGGCAGUGACAAGGACGAAGAAGCAGAUAAAAAUAAUGAAUGCGACAGAGACGCGGAGCUUGAUGCUAAGCCAAGUAAAUCGAGAUUGGCGAGAUUGAUGAAUAAGACGAGAAGGAGUAAGAAGUCGGUCCAAUUCGCUGAUGGUAUAAAACCUGGUGAGGGUACGAGUCCUAGUGGCGGCGAGGGAGACAUGCCUUCACCGCCACCUCCCACUGGAAUAAGUUUCCGCGAAGGACUGAAAGACUUGAGGAGAGACAAGAUUUACAGCUCCCGAAAGAGCAGGAAACAAGAGAAGAGAGCGAGACCACCGAAAGCAAAGAAGAAAGUUAAGGUGAAGAUAAUCAAGUUGAAGAAACCGCGCGUUACUCCGUUAACGGCCAUGAUGAUGGAUGACUCUGACGAAAUGGACGAUCGUUCACCACCCCCGCCGCCUCCUGGUUCUCCGCCGCCGCCGCAUCUCUGGCCCAGCUAUCUCUCGGCUUACAAUACAGCGGUCCGUGCAGUCGAGCAACCGCCAACCGCGACUUCCACUUUGGCAUCAGUUCCACAAGCUCCACCACCGCCGACCCCGUUGCCUCUUUUAGUUCCACCACCGCCAUUAAAUUAUACCAUCCAACCGUGCAGCAAAGCUUAAGGUAGUACUUGUAGCGCAAAUUUUGUACAUUGUUUGGAGUAGCCUGUAUAGGUGCAUCACUCUUGUCAUCACAUUUGAACGAUGUACCUACACAUCGAGGAUUGCGUUAGAUGAAGGAUGAGAGGUGUACAUUAAUCUCGAAGUUAAGACUUAACCGAUAAUGAAAUUAGAAGGAAGAAAGAAGUGUUGUGGAGUAUAUAUAUAUAUAUGUAUAAUGAUAAUUGAUAUUGUAAAUAUCAUCGCAACAUAGUCAUUACUUUCCGACCAAGAGAAAUAUUGCUAUAAAUCUUAAGAUCCAUUGCGUCCAUAAUUUUUAGUAACUUUAUAUUUCUAAUUCAGUUCAUAUAUUUUCGAUAUCGAUGAGAAACGUAAAAUACAUUAGGGGGUCACAAUGGCAAUGGAUAGUGUAAUUACUCAUCAACUUGUCGCAUCGUUAAUGAGACUCAUUAUAAGAAUAUAUUCAUUAAUGUAUCUACAUUAUAUUAUAUAAUAAUUUGUCACAAAUACACGUGUGACUUGAAA